GUUGUCAAUGUGUCUCUGCCAACCAUAUUCCUUCGAAGGGGGGAGCUCGAGGCAGUUGCCAGCGAUGACUGUAUUAGGUUUAGUGAUUCCAGAUCGAUUUGGUUUGGAAUUGUUGACAAACAAGUGCUUGUGGGGGCCGAGUAGUUGUAUGAUCAGCUCGUUUGUUCGGGUUGAGAUUUUGUGCUCUUGGGCUUCAUGGUAUUCGAUGCGAUUGAGUAUCCGAACUGGGUCGUGGUGAAUUGUUGAUCCGUUCGAUUUUUUUACUAGGUCUACGGUUGUAGUUUGAUUGCGUAAGACGAGAUUUGCUGCAGUGGUCUUUCCCGAUCGGCCUCUGUGUGGAUCUGGAAUUGUUCUGCAGGGUUUAGCGGUGAGAGGUUGUGUCGUCGAGCUGAUAUUCACUUCGCUGUGUUGAUGAUGGCGGGUGUCGGUGUGAUGCCGAUUCGGGUGGACGGAAAUGCUACGAAGUCCCUGGAGUCCGCUUUCUUGUCGCCUAAAAUACCUGUAAGCUCUUCGUCGAGCAAGCUGCUCUUGGGGUGCUACAAGGGCCGUUUGCCGGAUGUGUCUUUGGUACAGAAAAGAAGUAGCGAUUUUGGGAACAACCGACUUACAGUCAGGAAUUCCAUAAGCGUCGACAAACGAGGGGUAUCCUCAAAGAUAAGCGAUGAAGAUUAUGCGGAGAAUUUCAGGCCACCUCACAUUACUGACGUAUUCGAUAUUCCUGCUCGUCCUUCUACUUUUUGUGCUAAAACCAGUCUUCCCUUGCCAGAAGGCCGGCAGGUGAACCGCUGGAGCACCAAUCUUGGUAAAAUGUUUGUCCACGAAGACGACCGUGUACUUCUCAAGACGAUAAAAUAUGCUUCACCAACUUCAGCUGGAGCCGAAUGUAUGGAUGGGGAAUGCCGUUUCCAACAUCAAUGGGUUGCAAGGGCGGGACCUCGGUCAAAAAUCUUCUUCGAUCCGGCAGAGGUUAAUGCAGCCAUCGUGACUUGUGGAGGACUUUGUCCUGGCCUCAAUGAUGUCAUUCGUCAGAUCGUCUUGACAUUGGAUUGCUAUGGCGUUGAGAAUAUUCGAGGAAUAAGCAAUGGCUACCGAGGUUUUUUCGAAGAAAAUCUUCAUGACAUUCCUUUGUCAAGGAAAAUAGUGCAAAACAUUCAUCUUGAAGGAGGGAGUCUGCUGGGGGUGUCUCGUGGAGGAUCUAAAACUUCUGACAUUGUGGAUAGCAUAGAGAGGAAGGGUAUCAACAUGUUAUUUGUUCUUGGAGGGAAUGGGACGCAUGCAGGUGCACUCGCCAUUCAUAACGAGUGUCAUAAACGAGGAAGGAAGGUCGUCGUAGUGGGGGUUCCUAAGACGAUCGAUAAUGAUAUCCUGCUCAUGGACAGGACUUUUGGAUUUGAUACAGCUGUAGAAGAAGCCCAAAAAGCUAUUAAUGCCGCGUACAUUGAGGCGACUAGUGCUUACAAUGGCGUUGGCAUCGUUAAGUUGAUGGGAAGGCAGAGUGGAUUUAUUGCCAUGCACGCGUCUUUGGCAAGUGGUCAGGUCGAUGUCUGCUUGAUACCUGAGGUAAAAUUUACUGUGGACGGACCAGAGGGAAUGUUGCAGCACGUUCAAUAUUUACUCGAAACUAAAGGUCGCGCUAUCAUUUGUGUAGCUGAGGGUGCCGGCCAGGAUUUGAUGGCAAACCUAUCAAAUAGCACUGAUGCCUCUGGAAACCCAGUCCUGGGAGACAUAGGCGUUCACCUUACAAAAGAGGUAAAAAACCAUUUUAAAAAUAUUGGAGUAGCAGCGGAUGUGAAGUACAUCGAUCCUACGUACAUGAUCCGAGCCUGUCGAGCUAAUGCUUCUGACCGAAUCUUGUGUGCUGUACUUGGGCAGAACGCGGUGCAUGCUGGUUUUGCUGGAUUCACCGGUGUUACUGUUGGAAUCGCAAACAAUCAUUAUGUUCUAUUACCCAUCCCAGAGGUGAUUGCCUACGCAAGAAACGUGGAUCCCAACAGCCGAAUGUGGCACAGGUGUCUUACAUCCACCGGCCAGCCUGAUUUCGUGUGAAGGUGAAGACAACAGAAUUAUUUCUGAUACAAUACUCUCUGCAUGUCCACUUUGUCCCUCUCAGUACUGCUAAUAACAAUCCAGAUAGACUUUUGCAAACCCAUGGAGCCAAUUACUCGUUGCUGAGAUAGUGACACGUGACAUUAAAUGACAGUACCCAGUUUUAGUUUCUCCAUGCUCCAGAUAACUCAUAUAAGAAAGCGUGGGAGGGUAUGUUUGAUAUAUCCUAUGGUGAUACAGUGGUUAAGUUUCGGUGACAAUAUACAGGAACUGUCUUUGCUAAGCUUGUUGCUGUGAUCAUAGAAACAAGGACUUCGUUGUGGAGGUUGACAUGGUUUUUGAAGCCUAUCUCCCAUUUGGCGACACUUAACUGCAUCCCAUUCUUUGCC